GACGUCGAAACACGGGGACACACACACACACACACACACAGUGACAGACGGGCUGUGGCGCGCCCGGCGGCCAUGGAGGCCGUCAACCCUUGGGCUCCGGGGGCCCAGAAUCCGGCCGCCGCCUUCCUGCAGCGGAGCCUGACAUCAGGAACCCUGUCACAGAGUACGUUGGCUGUGAGCCACGGAGACUGUGAGGGCUCCGUUCCCUUCGUCCAACGCUUCAGAUUUAUGGACGCAGCUUCCAGCACCCGGGCGAGGAUCGAGCAGAUGUCACUAGAGACACAGGUGCUGGAGCUACAGGAGGCCACGGCUCUGAUCACUCACCCCUCUUGUCUCACUAUGAAACGGGAUGAGCUUCAGAGGAUGAACCGUCACCUGGAGGCUGUGCUGCGGCAGGAGGUAGAGCUGAGGCAGCGGCUGGUGCGGCCACUGUGUGGCCAGAGUCUGCCUGUGGAAGCCCCUUACCACAGGUAUGUUGUGGAGAUCCUGCCCAUGAUGACAUCAGUGAUUGAGGAGGUGGAAUCCCAUCUGAAGGCCUUGUCAAUGGCUUCUCAGAUACAACAGAAAACAGAACAUGUGGAGGGGCUGGCAACCAGUGAGGUGUCGGUGCUGCUGGAAGUGAAGGCCUUGGCUGAUCUGGUGCUGAAGUGGAGAGCGCAGCAGAAGAUGGUCCCAUCGGCGGAAUAGGCGUCCCUGCCCUCCUCUUCUCCCUGCUCCGGUCGGGGCUCUCAGCAUUGAAUGGCCUCUUUCAGGGCUGUACAUUUUUUUUAUGAACCGUUGAUAUCCAGCCUCGCACCACUGUUCUGGCAGAGGACACCAAAUAAGCCAACAAUCCUGCUUUAUAAUGUCCUUCACGUGCAGAGUCGGAGUUUCUGUGGCCUCUAAGAAACUGGCUGACAAUACACCUGGGAUGAUAACAUCUCCUGUUCACCUUGCACCAGCACAAACCAUUAGAGUGCUUAAUCUUAAAUAUCAAAUGUCCGAGCGUCACAAUAAUAAAAACAAAAUAUCCUCUAA